AUGGCGGACCCAGCCGAGUGCAACAUCAAAGUGAUGUGUCGUUUCAGACCUCUGAAUGAGUCCGAGGUGAACCGCGGCGAUAAGUACGUCGCCAAGUUUCAGGGAGAAGACACAGUCAUGAUUGCGUCAAAGCCUUAUGCAUUUGAUCGGGUAUUCCAGUCAAGUACAUCUCAAGAGCAAGUGUAUAAUGACUGUGCAAAGAAGAUUGUUAAAGAUGUGUUUAUAUUAAAUACUGCCAUGAGCUUUUCUGUGAUUUACUUGGUGGUCAAACUGACGAUGGAAGAAAAACUAAAGGCUGAACUAGUCUUAAAGGAUUUACAGGUGGAGCAGGAAGGAGAAGAGAAGGGUGUUUUCCUGGCAGAGGGUAAACUUCAUGAUCCAGAAGGCAUGGGUAUUAUUCCAAGAAUAGUGCAAGAUAUUUUUAAUUAUAUUUACUCCAUGGAUGAAAAUUUGGAAUUUCAUAUUAAGGUUUCAUAUUUUGAAAUAUAUUUGGAUAAGAUAAGGGACCUGUUAGAUGUUUCAAAGACCAAUCUUUCAGUCCAUGAAGACAAGAACCGAGUUCCUUAUGUAAAGGGGUGCACAGAGCGUUUUGUAUGUAGUCCAGAUGAAGUUAUGGAUACCAUAGAUGAAGGAAAAUCCAACAGACAUGUAGCAGUUACAAAUAUGAAUGAACAUAGCUCUAGGAGUCACAGUAUAUUUCUUAUUAAUGUAAAACAAGAAAAUACACAAACGGAGCAAAAACUGAGUGGAAAACUUUAUCUGGUUGAUUUAGCUGGGAGUGAAAAGGUUAGUAAAACUGGAGCUGAAGGUGCUGUGCUGGAUGAAGCUAAGAACAUCAACAAGUCACUUUCUGCUCUUGGAAAUGUCAUCUCUGCUUUAGCUGAGGGCAAUACAUAUGUUCCAUACCGAGAUAGUAAAAUGACAAGAAUCCUUCAAGAUUCAUUAGGAGGCAACUGUAGGACCACUAUUGUAAUUUGCUGUUCUCCAUCGUCAUAUAAUGAGUCUGAAACAAAAUCUACACUCCUUUUUGGCCAAAGGGCCAAAACAAUUAAGAAUACAGUUUGUGUUAAUGUUGAACUAACUGCAGAACAAUGGAAAAAGAAGUAUGAAAAAGAAAAAGAAAAAAAUAAGACCCUGCGAAACACCAUUCAGUGGCUUGAAAAUGAACUCAACCGAUGGCGUAAUGGGGAGACGGUACCUGUUGAUGAACAGUUUGACAAAGAAAAGGCCAACCUGGAGGCUUUCACUGUGGAUAAGGAUAUUACUAUUACCAAUGAUAAACCAGCAGCCACAAUUGGAGUGACUGGGAACUUUACAGAUGCAGAAAGAAGAAAGUGUGAAGAAGAAAUUGCUAAGUUGUACAAACAGCUUGAUGACAAAGAUGAAGAAAUUAAUCAGCAGAGCCAGUUGGUAGAGAAACUGAAGACGCAGAUGUUGGAUCAGGAAGAGCUUCUAGCAUCUACCAGAAGAGAUCAGGAUAAUAUGCAAGCUGAGCUGAACCGCCUUCAAGCAGAAAAUGAUGCCUCUAAAGAAGAAGUAAAAGAAGUUUUACAGGCUUUAGAAGAACUUGCUGUCAAUUAUGACCAGAAGUCUCAGGAAGUUGAAGACAAAACUAAGGAGUAUGAAUUGCUUAGUGAUGAGCUGAAUCAGAAAUCGGCAACUUUAGCGAGUAUAGAUGCUGAACUUCAAAAACUGAAGGAAAUGACCAACCACCAGAAGAAACGAGCCACUGAGAUGAUGGCCUCUUUACUAAAAGACCUUGCAGAAAUAGGAAUUGCUGUGGGAAAUAAUGAUGUCAAGCAACCUGAAGGAACUGGCAUGAUAGAUGAAGAGUUUACUGUUGCCAGACUCUACAUUAGCAAAAUGAAAUCAGAAGUAAAGACAAUGGUAAAACGCUGUAAGCAGUUAGAAGGUACACAAACUGAGAGCAACAAAAAAAUGGAAGAAAAUGAAAAGGAGCUAGCAGCUUGCCAACUUCGUAUCUCUCAACAUGAAGCCAAAAUCAAAUCAUUGACAGAAUACCUUCAAAAUGUGGAGCAAAAGAAAAGACAGCUGGAAGAAUCUGUCGAUUCCCUGAGUGAAGAAUUAGUUCAACUUCGAGCACAAGAGAAAGUCCAUGAAAUGGAAAAGGAACACUUAAAUAAAGUUCAGACUGCAAAUGAAGUAAAGCAAGCUGUUGAACAACAGAUCCAGAGUCACAGAGAAACUCAUCAAAAACAAAUUAGUAGUUUGAGAGAUGAGGUGGAAGCAAAAGAAAAACUCAUCACUGAUCUUCAAGACCAAAAUCAGAAAAUGAUUUUAGAGCAGGAACGUCUAAGAGUAGAACAUGAGAAAUUGAAGGCAACGGAUCAAGAAAAGACCAAGAAACUACAUGAACUUACAGUUAUGCAAGAUAGGCGAGAGCAAGCAAGACAAGACUUGAAGGGUUUGGAAGAGACAGUGGCGAAAGAACUUCAAACUUUACAUAAUUUGCGGAAGCUUUUUGUUCAGGACCUGGCCACUAGAGUUAAAAAGAGUGCUGAGAUCGAUUCUGAUGACACUGGAGGCAGUGCAGCACAGAAACAGAAGAUCUCCUUUCUUGAGAAUAAUCUUGAACAACUCACUAAAGUACAUAAACAGUUGGUACGUGAUAAUGCAGAUCUUCGAUGUGAGCUUCCCAAGUUGGAAAAGCGACUUAGAGCUACAGCUGAGAGAGUGAAAGCUUUGGAGUCAGCACUGAAAGAAGCCAAAGAAAAUGCAUCUCGUGAUCGCAAACGCUAUCAACAAGAAGUAGAUCGUAUAAAGGAAGCAGUUAGGUCAAAGAAUAUGGCCAGAAGAGGACAUUCUGCACAAAUUGCAAAACCUAUUCGACCUGGACAGCAUCCAGCAGCAUCUCCAACUCAUCCAGGUGCAAUUCGUGGAGGAGGUGCAUUUAUACAGAACAGCCAGCCAGUGGCAGUACGUGGCGGUGGAGGCAAGCAAGUCUAA